AGGGUUACGCGCGUCCAGUGUGGAGAACGCGGUGAACACGAACCACUAACACCAGUGACAAACCUGACAGUGCGUCUGGCGCUAAAGAGCCCUCUACCUCAGAUGACUCGACACGUGAAUUAGUCUCGGCUUGAGAAUUUGGACCUGGGAGAAGAUUCAAGGAUGUAUUUAAAAUCCCUCAAAGUGACACUCGAGUGAAUGAGGGCACGAAAUGGAUGGAAGGAGCGCGUUUCUCUCUCAGCUAUGGAAAAGGAAAGUGUGCUGCGCUUUAAAAUGAGCCUCGACGCCAGUGGAACACACGUGUAAACUUUUCUUUAUGGAGUUUCAAAAUGACAUUGUCUAAUCUGAACCAGAGUCAUGACGCGCUCAAUUUGUCUUUCUCCGAGAUUUCCAACAACAACAGCGGAAACGCGACGUGCGCCGGCACCGUGUUGGACGCGCAGGUCGUGUCUGUGGGAAUCUUCCUGGCUGUCUUCAUCCUGGCUGCGAUCGUCGGGAACAUUUUGGUUAUCCUGUCAGUUUUCUGCAACAAACACUUGCAGACGGUGACCAACUUCUUUAUAGUCAAUUUAGCAAUCGCGGAUUUGCUCCUGAGCGUCGUGGUGUUGCCCUUCUCCGCGUCUCUGGAGGUAUUUGGAUGUUGGGUGUUUGGACGCGUGUUUUGCAACAUCUGGGCUGCUGUGGACGUGUUGUGCUGCACCGCGUCUAUCCUCAGCCUGUGCAUCAUCUCCAUAGACCGAUACAUAGGAGUCAAACACUGCCUCAAAUACCCAGCGAUCAUGACCGAACGCAAAGCCGGGGUCAUCCUGGUGCUUGUCUGGGUCUCCUCGGUGGUCAUCUCGGUGGGGCCGCUUUUAGGCUGGAAGGAACCUCCGCCGUCGGAUGAGAGCAUCUGCAGCAUCACUGAGGAGCCUGGUUACGCGCUGUUCUCUUCGCUCUUCUCUUUCUACCUCCCUCUCAUGGUCAUCCUUGUCAUGUACUUUCGGGUGUAUGUCGUGGCCCGGAGGACCACCAAGAGCCUGGAAGCAGGAGUGAAGCGAGAAAGGAACAAAUCCAUGGAGGUGGUGCUGCGGAUCCACUGCCGGAGCUCACCGGAGGACGCCGGAGCGAGCUCGAAAAGCAAGAACCAUCCGCUGCGCAGCUCGCUCUCUGUGCGCCUCAUGAAGUUCUCCAGAGAGAAAAAAGCUGCCAAAACUCUGGCCAUCGUGGUCGGGAUGUUCAUUGUGUGUUGGCUCCCGUUUUUCUUCGUCUUGCCUCUAGGAUCUUUCUUUCCUGCCCUGAAACCUUCAGACAUGGUGUUUAAAGUCAUCUUCUGGCUUGGUUACUUUAACAGCUGCAUCAACCCGGUCAUCUAUCCCUGCUCUAGUAAAGAAUUCCAGCGCGCCUUCACCCGCCUUCUCCGCUGCCAGUGUCACAGACGACGACGCAGCUUACGCCGCUUCUACGACCAGCGAUGGCGUACAGCCCUCAGGGCCCCAGCCAGAGACUUGCGGGGUGACUAUCAGCCAGGUUUCUCCCUCCAUGAUUCUUGCAGCAGCUCGAUUUUCUCAUGUCGGAGCAAAAGCCGCUCCCUGAACCUGAAAAGCUGGAGCUUCUUUCCUCCCUUGCAGAAGUCUUCCUUCCAGCUGAAGGAGAAGAUGAACAACUUGUCUAACAAGAUCAAGAACGGUGCAGGGAAGAGUUCAAAGCCAUCGUUAGAUAGGACUGAGAUCGAUACAGUGUCCAUGGGGAUCUACAGCGAGUGCAGCGAGCCAAGCGGGUAUCAGAUAUACGAUCUGACGGAAUGUUACGGCUUGAAGGAGACAGACAUCUAAACAGAGGCGAAUUGCUCGCAGACAGAAAUGAAACAGGCAUCUUGACAAAAGCACACUCUUUUAAGAGAUACAACUCAAGACCAGACAAGUAAAUGUUUUGGUUUUAAUCUAAAAGAAGAGAAGGACAGCCAUUUAUUUUCACAGGGGUAAUUUAAGCAUUUGACUUUCAGAAGUGAACACAGAAGGUGCAAAAUGUUUGUUGUAAAGUAAAACUACUGCUUUACGUUCUAGACACAACAAAGUGCCAUCAAGUGGCAUAUAAACAGACUGCACCCUCUGUACAUCCAUGUGGCCUUUCAAUAUACUCCUUUAAAGUCACCCAAAACUAAUCCUUAUCGAAUAAAAAAGUAAUCAGUUAAUUGUACCCUGCUAACUUCCUUGUUUUUUCCCACAAAAGAAAACAUUUAGGGGAGUUUAUACUUAAACCUUAACCAAACUCGAGAUCAUAAGGAAGUCAAAAGUAAUGCAACAUGUCGAGAAUGUUAUGGAGAAACAGCAGAAACUCCUCUGUCCAAACUUUAAAGUUGUAGCUUUACCUCAGGCUGAUACAAGCACUAACACUGGAGACUCCUUCCAUAAACACUUGCAGAAUUGUUUUAGACCAAUGGCUGCAAAACACAGUGGAAUUUAGGAUGUCUAAUUCUUUCCCUAAUGAGAAAUUGUCUUUCUUUAUGUUUGGUUCCUGUUUGAGAUGAAGAAGAAUUUGGUCUGAAUUAUGGUUCCUUGUUUCAUCAGAUCUCAGGUGCAUGCAAUUAGCCACCAGUUGCUAGCUUUUCUGGUAUAAAUCUGAAUAAAAUAGAUAGCAAAUUUAAUGUUGAUGCAGAGCAAGUACCAAUUACCAAUUUCAGUAUAGUUUUCUAUCUUUAAUUAGAUGUUUUGACCAUGUAGGGAUCAAAAUGGGUUUAAUCCGUGUUGCUAAAUAAACGCACAUAUACAAAGUUCAUGCAUGACGACGGACUUUAACCACUAAAACCAAGUCUAUUAGCAACCAGAAUAAAAGUCUAAGAAACCACUCUAGGGAAAUGUUUAGACCUGAGAAAUUUCAUUUCAACCCAUUUCUUAAAGUUUGGAGUGACUUUAAAAGAUGGUCUCGAUCUGAUUACCACUAACGAGCUCAUUCUUAAUGCCAGAGUUCAGAGAUAUUCUCUGAAACCGAAGUCCUAAAUACAGGGAGCUACCUACAACUGUGAGAUAUCUGAGGAACCAGGAACCCCAUGGUACCGCUUGCUAUUUAUGUACUGACUUGCCAAGAUGUACUGUGGCGUUUACGUAUGUAGAGUGCUUAUGGUUUAACCCAAACAGAUUAUUAUUAUUUAAAAUGGAACACAAGGCACUACAUCUAUACACAGAUUUUUGACUGUUUAUUUGGUUUGAAAUGGAAGUUUUCCUUGCAACCAAGCAACAACUGCAUAAGACCUUUUCCUUUUAAUUCUUAAAACAUGCUCUGAAUUCAUUUGUAUUUGCAGAUGUGAUGUCCAUCAAUGUCUGAUGUAACACUAAAAAUAAAUCGGAUAGAUAUUAAA